AUGUCGACUACCAAACGGGAUGCAUUGUUGUUGAUAAUGUCUGAAGGGAACAGUCAAGCAGAGACGUCGUCGUUCCUUCCCACAGGCGCAUUCGGUGUGCUGAGUGGCGAUGGAUUUGAAAAGAUGUUCGACUCUCGGUAUAAAACUCAAAAGGAGCGGAAGGCAGCAAAACCUACUUUACAAAGCAAGGUGUACAAUUGCCUAGAAAGGCCAGCGGGUUGGCGGUGUUUUAUGUAUCAUUUCAGUGUCUUCAUAGUAGUUCUAGUGUGUUUGAUACUCAGCGUUAUGUCUACCGUCGAAAGACAUAGUCGAUUUGCUAGCGAGUUGCUUUUUAUACUGGAGAUUUUCCUCGUUAUAUUCUUCGCCAUAGAGUAUUGCGUGCGUCUAUGGGCAGCUGGAUGUAGGUCAAAAUACCUCGGUUUCUGGGGUCGCUUGAGAUUUGCAAAGAAACCAAUCUCCUUCAUUGAUCUCUGUGUGGUGGUGGCCAGCAUUACCGUGAUUCUCAUUGGACAUGAAGGUCAAGUGUUUGCGGCAAGUGCAAUACGUGGUGUGCGAUUUCUACAAAUUCUGAGAAUGUUACAUGUAGACAGACAAGGAGGAACUUGGCGGUUGCUCGGCUCCGUCGUUUUCAUACAUCGCCAAGAGCUAAUCACAACUUUGUACAUAGGAUUUCUUGGUUUAAUAUUUUCGUCAUACUUCGUCUACUUGGCUGAGAAGGACCACAUAUCGCCUGAUGGAAAACAAGCCUUCACCAGUUAUGCCGAUGCCCUGUGGUGGGGAGUGAUAACAAUGACAACCAUUGGCUACGGUGACGUUGUUCCACAGACAUGGCUUGGACGAAUUGUCGCAUCGUGCUUCUCGAUCUUCGCCAUCAGCUUCUUUGCUUUGCCUGCUGGCAUUCUUGGAUCUGGUUUCGCUCUGAAGGUCCAGCAGAAGCAGCGGCAAAAGCACUUCAACCGGCAAAUUCCUGCUGCCGCCACUUUGAUUCAGUGUUUGUGGAGAUGCCACGCAGCCGAGAAAGAUAUCGCAGCUACAUGGAAAGUGCAUGUGGACCCGCUGGCGCGAGAAUCGAGUGAAACAAGGAAACAGAACGGUGGAGUGACUGACGAGGUGACCAGCUAUAAAAGAAAACUCUUUCGUAAGCAGCAGUCGAAAACAAGUGUUCUUACGAAUGCUUGUGUUCCAAAAAGAAGUCGUGGUAGUGCCGUGAGCGUUGAUCUGGAAAUGGGAGAGAGGAAAAAAGAAAAGGAGAGAAAUAGCGAUGCUGAGGAGGACAGAGUUUUCAAAGAAGUCACCGACUCAAGGGCAGACUUCGAACCGGAUGAAGACAGCACUCCAAAAAGAUUAUCACAUAUUUGUGAGCUGACGAAACAGUACAAGGAUGCUAUAAGAGCAAUUCGAAAAAUCAAGUACUUCGUCGCCCGAAGACGUUUUCAGCAAGCCAGGAAGCCCUAUGAUGUUCGCGAUGUCCUCGAGCAGUAUUCACAGGGCCAUCUAAACAUGAUGGUCCGAAUAAAGGAACUGCAGCGAAGACUAGACCAAACACUUGGUAAACCUGGUCAGGAUCGUGCGUCUCGAACGAUGGGCGGCUCAACCACUAUAGGAGCACGGUUAUCACGAAUCGAAAUGCAGAUGGUCAAUCUCGAGCGGCAGAUGAACAUGACGUUGAACUUGCUGACUACGCUCUGUCGCAAGAAUUCGAGUGGUCGCCGUCCGUCGAACACCUCACCCACACCGCCAUUUGACAGACCACCCUCAGCGCGUGACGCCUGUUCACCCACACUUAGCGUCUACUAGGUAUUCGGAUAUUCUGAUGUUGUACACUUUUUUCACUGGUAGCUUGACCGUCGUCACUGUGUAUUGAAUACGGGUAAGAUUUGCUGAUACACAGAAAACAUAGUCUCAUACAUGGAUAGUGCCUGCUAUCAGAAAUGCAUAACAUUGA